UCAAAAUUAAGUAUCGAUAAUCUUGAUAAUAACACCAAUUGUUUGUCACCUCUAAUCUGAAAUCUAAAUAAAUCAUCUGGAAAGCAAAAUAUCCUGAAAACUUCCCAAAAUGCACGGUCGCCUUAAAGUACGUACCACCGAAGAAGAGCGUGAGCGCAAAAAGAAGGAACAGGCUUUAAAAGUUAAGGCGUAUAAGGCAGCUACAACAAAGAUAAGCGCUAAGAGGCAAAACCAGGAAUAUGAUGAUGAAAUGCUGGCCUACACUACGCCCAUCCUGCAGCGUAAUCCCGAUGUUUCCACUUUGUGGAAUAUCCGAAGAGAAUGUAUACUUGCCAAGGUGAAGAAAAUCAAAGAGGAAGAAGUUACACCCGAAAAAGAGGCGAUUCAAGAGGAGCAUAUUUUACAAGUAUUCGAGACUGAAAUGUCUUUGACGGAACAAUGCCUUCUGGUCAAUCCGAAGAGUUAUAAUAUUUGGCAUCAUCGUAUGUGGUUGCUGGAACAAUCACCCAAAGCCAAUUGGCAGCGUGAGGUUAUGUUGUGCAAUAAAUACUUAAAAAUGGACGAAAGAAAUUUCCAUACAUGGGACUAUAAACGUUAUGUUGUGGAGAAGGCUCAAGUACCCAAGGAAGAGGAAUUAGAUUUCUGUACCGAGAAAAUUAAAGUCAAUUUCUCUAACUACUCUUCGUGGCAUCACAGAAGUUUACUGCUGCCCGCCCUCUACCCCUAUGAAGGUGAUGCAAAACCGAAACGACCCAUGAGUGAGGAGAAACUCAAGGAAGAAUUGGAGAUGGUACUUACUGCGGCCUUUACUGAUCCGUACGAUAGUUCGGCAUGGUUUUAUCAACGAUGGCUUUUGGGCUAUUCCCAACCGGAGUUGGCUGCUUGUGCAUUUAGAUGUAGCAAAGAUAAGACUGUCUUAUCAUUUACCAAACUCACUACCAAGGAGGAUCUUAAGGUUGUACUGACUGGUGAUGGCGGCAAGACAUUAGAAAUAACUGACUUUCUAACACUCAACAAUCAAGUAUCUGACACGAUUUUUUAUAGCAAAAAUCCAGUAGAGGAUCCUUCAAUGUAUCAAAACUUGGAGGUUUCUUCGAAGGCUUUAACAUCAAUAACUCUACCUCUUAGUAAAUACAAUGACGAUGCUUAUUAUUUCCAUGCAUUGGAGGCUUCUACUACAUAUACUCCCGAUGUUUUGGAUCAGCUGAAAUCGCAGUUAGAGUCAUGUGAGAGCCUCUUGGAAUAUGAACCGGACAGUAAAUGGUGUUUGCUAACAUCAGCUCUGCUAAUGCGGGCCAUCGAUUGUCAAGAGUACCACGACAAAACCAUGGAGUAUUUAAAGAAAUUACAAAAAGUUGAUAGUCUAAGAGAAAAUUAUUACAAGGACUUGGCUUCCAAAUGGAUUCUACAAAAAGCUUUAAUUCAAUGGUCAAAGACUGAUGGUGAACAUAUGUUGAAAUCUAUUGAUUUGUCACAAGAAGAACAACUAACUUGCCUCACGGAUAAGCAAUAUCUUAUAGUAGCUGACGAAAUAAUCCUAUCGAAGGAAUUGACCAAACGUUAUGAAGGAGGACUAAAGUCUUUUAGCAAUAUCUAAAAAAAUACCUUUCGGGCAAACUUUUAAUCAAUAAUGAAAUAUACCAGACUGGUUUGGUCUAUACAUCGCCUCACACAUGGUUUUAGACAAGCUUAAAUUCCUUUUAAUCUUAGAAAUGUAUUUAUUCCAAUAUUCCAUUGUACACCAAUUUUUUUAGGUUGAAUAAAAAAAUGUAUCACAACAUAUUUAUGGGAACAUUCACACAAUCAAA